AUGGAUUAAGAAUUAAUUAUCAGUCCAAAUGAUAAAAGAUAAUAUUCUUUAAUAACACUUCCAAAUUAAUUAGAAUGCUUAAUAAUAUCAGAUCCAAACACUAAAAUAUCUGGAGCAUGUUUAGAAAUAUGUGUAGGAUGGGUAAAUAAUUAAUAUAAAUAUUAGCUUGAUGAUCCAAAAGAAUAUUAAGGUAUUGCUCAUUUUUGUGAGCAUAUGCUUUUUAUGGGAUCUGAAAAAUAUCCAACUUAAAAUGAUUAUACUUCCUUUAUUUAAUUACAUUCAGGAUCAUAUAAUGCAUCAACUUGGCUUCAAAGUAGCAAUAUUUUAUAUAAAAAAUAUAGGAACAAAAUACCAUUUUAGUAUAGAAAAUGAUGCUUUUGUAGGAGGUUUAGAUAGAUUUGCAUAAUUUUUUAUAUGUCCACUUUUUGAUAGUAGUUGUAUUGAAAGAGAAAUGAAUGCUGUAGAAAGUGAAUUCAAUUUAUCUUUAGCUGAUGAUUAAUCAAGAUUAUGGGAGUAAUAAAUAAUUAAUAAUUAUUUAGAAUUUUUGUUCAAUAAAGUGAUCCAUAAUCUACCUUUAAUCGUUUUGGUUGUGGUAAUCUACUUACAUUAAACAAACCUGAAAUUAGAGAUUAAUUGCUAUAAUUUUAUGAUAAAUAUUAUUGUUCAUCUUUAAUGAAAUUAGUUGUUUAUACAGAUAAAAGCACAUAAGAAUUAGGAUAAAUGUAUAAUAUAUUAUUAAUAAUAGAGUUCAUGAUAUUUUUUCUUUGGUUCCUAAUAAAGGUCGAAAGAGACCAUUACAUCUAGAUAAUCCUUUCAAAGGAUAAUUUUCUUAAGUUGAUGUAGUUGGAAUCAAAUAGGAAGAUUAUCUAUUUUUAAAUUUUGUGAUUCCUAAUUAUGAAAAAAAAUAUUUGGGUUAACCUGAAAGUUAUAUUACUCAUGUUUUAGGACAUGAAGGAUAAAAUUCAUUAGCUUCAUUUCUCAAAGAUGAAGGUCUUGUCACUGAAUUAAUAGUUGGAUCACAAAGACUAAAUGAUUAAGUUAGUGAGAUAUAUUUUGAAAUUUCUUUGACAGAAGAAGGAUUUGAUAAUUAUGAAAAAGUCAUAGGUUUUGUGUUUUAAUAGAUUGAUAAAAUUAAAGAAAAAGGAGUUAAAAAGGAAAUAUUUGAUGAAAUUGCUUAAAUUAAACAUCUUGAAUUUAAAUUUAAGGAAAAUUCAUCCUCUGUUUUAGAAUACAUAGAAAAACUUAGUGAAAACAUGCAUAAAUAUCCUAAAAAUCAUAUAAUUUAUGGAGACUAUGCUUAUGAAUAAUUUGAUCCUGAAUCUGUUAAUGAAAUUCUUGGUUAUUUGAAUCCAAAUAAUAUGAUUAUUUUCCUUAGAAGUCCAAGCUUGUAUAUAUAUAUAUUAAUAAUUUUUAUAGUGCUGAAGAUAAAGAUGAUGAAGAUUUUAUGUAAGAAACAUAUUGUAAAACUAAAUACAGAAAAUAAUAAAUUUCAAAUGAGAUCUUUUAGAUUAUUAAAAAUUCUAAUAAUCUUAAAGCAGAAAAAACUCAUAAAAUAAUUGAUAUUUUCCCUCCUAACAUAUAUAUUCCAUAAAAUUUUGAUGUCAUUUAAGAGAAAGAUGAAAAUUAAUAUCCUAUUAAAAUCUUCGAAAAUGAUUAUAUUAGAUGUUUCCAUUUGAAGGACAAUUAAUUUCCUAUAUGUAAGGGUUCUUUUGGAAUUUAAUUGUUUCCAAAUUAAGAUUUUGUGAUUGAUUAAAAUGAAAGGGUAUUAUUUGAUCUAUGGUCAAAUAUAUUCUAUUCAUAAUUUGAAGAAACCCUUUACAAUGCAGAGUGUGCAGGACUCUCAUAUAAUUUAGAUUCAGCAUAUAAUUUUGUUGCUUUCAAAGUACAUGGAUUUAAUGAUAGCAUAUUUAAAUUUUACAAAGAUUUUAUUCAAUAUUUAUUAGAUUUUCACAAAUAACCUAAAAAAUAUGUUAAAAAACAUAUAUUUUAAGUUUAAAUUGAUGAUUUGUAAGAUAGAUAUGAAAAUUAUUUUAUGAAAAGUCCAUAUGAUUUAAAUGCUAGUUAUUGGAAAUGCUUGAUUUAUAAAUCAGGUAAAUUUAUGAAAGAAUAAUUAAGAGAAGUUGAAAUAAAAAUGAAUGAUUUCAUAUAAUUCACUGAAAAAUUAUUCAAAACUAUAAGAAUGCAAAUAUAUUUUCAUGGUAAUAUCUCUAAAGAUACAGCCUUGAAUUUAUGUUAAUUAACUAAUUAAAUAUUUUCAGAAUUUUCAGAACCCAAUAAAUAAAUUCAACCUUUAUAAAUAAUAAAGAUACAAAAAAAUUAAACUUUUAUAUUUGAAAAAUUAAUCACAGAAAAUCCUGAAGAACCUAAUUCAGGUUUAAGAAUAUCAUAUUAAGGCGAUUAAUCACUUGAUCCUACUCUAAAUUUAUACUUUGAUUUACUUAAUUCUAUAAUUUCUGAUCCAUUCGAAAAUUAGCUUAGAACUAAUGAAUAACUUGGAUAUGUUGUCUAUACAACAAAAAGUAAUAGAAGAGGAAUACAUUUCUUUAAUUUUAUUAUCAUUUCAGAAACUAAAUCAACCAAAUAAAUUGCAAAUCGUAUAGAUAUUUUUCUAUAAUCCUUUUUAGCUCAAGAAUUAGCUUAAGUAUUUUAUUAAAAUUAACAUUUAGCUUAAAGAAGAUUAAUUUGAAAAGGUCAAAUUAAGUUAUUAUAAAGAUUAAUCAUAAGAUUAUUAAAAUUUGAAUGAAAAAUUUAAAGAUUUUUGGAAUGAAAUUUUAAUUAAUUAAAAUGAUUUUGAUAAGAGUAUAAUAUUUUUUAAUAUAUAUUAGAAUAAAAACUAAAAGAGAGAAUAGAUUCAAUAACUCAUGAAAAAUUCUUAAAUUUUGCUCAUAAUUUAUUUAAGGACUCAAAAAGAUUAGAAAUUCAUAUAAUAAAUUAAAAGCAUUUAGAUUGGGAAUUAGAACAUUAAGAAAAAAUUACUGAAUGUGAAUGGCACAAUGAUUUAUUUUAAUUGAAUUGA